AUAGCCGCGAGAUCUCUGCAGAGCGAAAGGAUGGACUGAACUCUGACUGGAGGCCGGGCUGGUCCGGAACCACCCCGACAGCCUCCAGAAAGGGGCGUGGUUAUAAUUUAGGGGCGUGGCCUUGCAGGCAGCAGGAAGAAGUUACCUGUUGAAUCUUCCUAUCCAUUCUCUUCCCAGCCUUUGUAGCUACCCCUAAGAGGGAAGCCGUAAACCACUAGCCUCUUCUGAAAAAGAGGUAAGGGGACGUAGACAAGGGGCAGCGAAGGAGGCUACUGCAUUCCUUAGGAGGGGCCAAACAGCUACUUUCUACCUGCUGAGUCAGGUGAACCGUUCCAUGGGGGCGGGGACCAGCAUAUGAGAAAAGGGCAAGGACGGAGGAGGUGUUUAUUUGUUCCCUUUCAAGACUAAAUUUAGGGCCCUUCGUCUGCAGACCCAUUGGCGGACUGUGCCUUGGGAACCCUCUUGGCCUCUGGAAGAGAAAAGAACGGGGGCCAGUUUUCCGCAGCAAAAGGAACGGCCCGUCUGGGCUUCCUCCCGUCUGUGUAUUUCCUAGCCCCAAAACGACAGAGCCAUAUGGCUUCCGCGGUCUGGGGGAGUGCUCCCUGGUGGGGCCCACCGCCCCCAGCCCCAGCCCGGCCGCUCACGGACAUCGACUUCUGCUCUGGGGCGCAGCUGCAAGAACUAACCCAGCUGAUCCAGGAGCUGGGUGUGCAGGAGAGCUGGAGUGAAGGUCCCAAGCCAGGACCAGAUCUCCUCCAGGCCAAGGACUUUGUUUUCUCUUUGCUUGGUCUCGUUCACCGCCGGGACCUUCGCUUUCCUCCUCAGGCAGAGCUCUUGCUGCUUCGUGGCGGGAUUCGCGAGGGCUCCCUGGAUCUGGGGCCUGCGCCUCUAGGUCCCUACGCUCGGGGACCUCACUACGACGCCAGCUUCACCCUCCUGGUGCCCGUGCUUUCGCUAGAUGGCACUGGGCAGGAGCUGCAACCGGACGUGGGAUCCUGUUACGCAUGGCUCUUCCUCCCAGAGCAAGUACGCGGAACCUCGGUCCGGGAGGCAUGGCAGGAUUGCCUAGGACCCCCAGUCCCAGGAGGACGUGAUUCGAUCCACCCAGCCCAAAGCAAACAAACUCCCAAGGAUCCGCAAAUCUCCGUGGACCAGCUGCACGGUGACGUCACUGAGCCUGAGGCACACGAGUCUUUGGAAAAAUCACCUAGUAAUGUUUCAGUGCCAGAAUUGCCUCACCAAGACGUAACCGAUGUUGACUUUCCCUCACCACUGAAAAAAACGAAUGGUGACGUCACCAAAGCAGCCGACGUUAGCCCAGUGCCACAGCCGUCGGAGGCUCGGGAGGCAUGGCCCACAUUGUGCCCCGCCCAGGUGGCUGCCUGGUUCUUUGCUUCGCUGGCUGCGGUCGCUGAGUCCCUGUUUCCGGUCCCGGGUGCCCCGCGCUUGGUCCACGCAGCCCGCCACGCGGGGGUCACCACCAUCCUCCUGGCUACGCCUGGGCCCCCGCGCCGCCUCCUGCUUUUCGACUUGAUCCCCGUGGUGUCCGUGGCCGGCUGGCCCCAGGAGGCUCGGAGCCACUCGUGGGCCGGCCCGCUGGCCUCGGAGUCGUCUUCCUUCUACCUGGUGCCCGGCGGCGGCGGCACAGAGCGGCCGGGCGCCUCCGGAUGGCAGCUCUGCUUCGCCCGCCAAGAGCUGGCGCUCAAGACGCGCAUACCCGUUCCCCUGCUGCAAGCGCACGCGGCGGCCCAGGCGCUGCUGCGCCCGCUGGUGGCCGGGACUAGGGUCGCGGCGCCCUAUCUCCUGCGGACGUUGCUGUACUGGGCGUGCGAGCGGCUGCCCGCGCUCUAUCUGGCGCGACCCGAGAAUGCGGGCGCCUGCUGCCUCGGGCUGCUGGAUGAGCUGGGCCGGGUGCUCGAGGCCGGGACGCUGCCCCACUAUUUUCUGAGUGGCCAAAAGCUCGGUGCGGGGGACGGCGCCGCUUCGCUGCUCGGGGCGUUGGCCCUGCUUCGCAGGGACCCUGCCCGCGCCCUGCGAGCCGCUGUGGAAGAGGCCAAGGCUGCACGCAAGGGGGGCGGCUUAGCCGGCGUGGGAGGCGGGGCCCAUUAAAGACGCUGUUCCUACUAA